AUGGCCUCCCUUUUCGAUAACACGCGUAAUUUCUCGCUCUACACGAUCCCCGCUGCUUGGCUCGUCGCCUUCAUCCCCCACCCUUAUGCCGUCUCCCUCUCCCAAAAGUUUGACAACCGCAGCCCAAGAACCUAUAUCAAGAGUCUCGAGAGUGAUCAAACGAUCGAUCAAGCUACCAAAGACCGCAUCAUCCGCGCCGAAGCCGCGCAGACCAACGGGUUCGAGAACCUCGGUCUCUAUGCUGCUGCCGUCGUCGCGGGCAACGUCGCCGGACUCCCGGCGCGGACCAUGAACACCCUUACCGCUGGCUAUCUCGCGAGCAGGAUCCUGUACAACUACAUCUACAUCACCAACACCACCCAAGCUGCCGCUAAGUUGCGGAGUCUGGCGUUCGUGUCUGGCGUCGGGAUGAUCUGGACCCUGUUCAUCAAGAGCGGCAACGUUUUGAGAGAGAGAGCGGCAAUUAUCUUGUGA